AUUUGUAUUGAGAUCCACCCGUGCAUCUCUGUCCCUGCGCAGCCUUCAGAUUGUGAGUGCGUGAGUGUGUGUGUGUGUGAGGGGGCCCCAGCACACACAGCAGUGCUGCUACACAUAAACUCUAAAUAGCUCCAGCCUUCACUGAGUAAGAGAGUGAGUGAGAGAGAGGAGCUUUUUUGGAUCUUAUUUUACUACUCAUAGCCUGGACUGGAUUAUCACGUUUUUACCCCUCCGCUGUGAACCCCCACUUUAAGAGGAUACCUGUUACUUUCCUUAUUUUGAUUGGUUAUUGAGAACGCAGUUCCAGGGGUGUGAAGGGCACAGUUUGAGUCCAGCUGCAGAUGUGUACAGGAGGUUGGGCACAGAAGGAUCAGCACCUUUCCCUGAAGACAAGAGUUAUCUGCCUCAGGAAAAGAGACCAAAGGCCUGGAUUAAUGUGUAUACAGGCUCGACAAGGGAGCAGAGAAUUCUGGGUUACCUGUAGACCUGGAGUACACAAGUGAAGAAGCCUGGAUUGAGCCUGUGGCACAGGGGAUUGGCAUGGCUCAGACCAGCUUUAUGUCAACUCAUCAUGCCUGUCAGGCCUGAUUCCAGAAAGGAGCCAUUGCUACAGCUCACUCCGCCCUGCACACGGAUCACUAUACAACAUCCAAAAAACCUAAUCUGCAGUUAUGGCUGUUGAGGUUGACCAUUUCCACACCCAUUAGGAUUUUUUUAAUAUUACCUGAGAGGGCCUGCAUUGUCAGGGAGUGGGGAUGCUUUUUCUACAGGCUUAUCUGCCAUGGUAAAGGCAUUGAAAGCAUGAGCCUCUGACAACACAGAGGAGGUCAUUGUCCAAAUAAGGAUCAGCUCAGCAAACACUGACCAGGUCAGGAUAUCACAAGAAACCCCUUGGACAAACUUUUCCUUUCAGAAAGGAUAAGAGCAAAUUCAAGAGGAAAUCCUGAUUGGAUUUUUGGAAGCUGGAAAGGAUUUAACACAUCGCACAUAACAGGGGCUCUUGAGUUAUUAGACUGCCAGGCGACACAGCUUCAAGAUGGUGCGUCAAUGCAAGACCUUUCUACUAUUCCUCAUCAGGGUCGGGCUGCUGCUGGGUCUUUCUAACCCACUGGUGACUUCUGAAUCAUGUCCCUCGGCCUGUCGCUGCGAUGGGACCUUCAUCUACUGCAAUGACCGUGGCCUGACUUCCAUCCCUAAAGGUAUACCACAGGAUGCUACCGUGCUCUUUCUGCAAAACAAUCGAAUCAAGAGUUCGGGCAUACCAGCAGAGCUACAGCGGCUUACAAAUGUGGAGAAGAUCUACCUUUACUGCAAUAAUCUUGAUGAGUUUCCCAAUAACCUUCCACUUGGGUUAAAAGAGCUCCACCUUCAAGAGAACAACGUUCGGAUGAUUACCCAUUCCUCUUUAGCCCAAAUUCCCUACAUUGAGGAGCUGCACCUGGAUGAUAACUCAGUAUCCGCUGUCAGCAUAGAAGAGGGGGCCUUCAGGGACAGUAAUCACCUCAGACUUCUUUUCCUCUCCAGAAACCAUCUAAGUGCAAUCCCUUCAGGCCUACCCAUGAGCAUUGAGGAGUUGCGUUUUGAUGACAACCGCAUCUCUUCCAUCUCAGAACAGUCACUGCAAGAUCUUAUCAACUUGAAGCGACUAAUCCUGGAUGGUAACCUGCUCAACAACCGUGGGAUUGGGGAGAUGGCUUUCAUCAACCUGAUCAACCUGACUGAGCUCUCUCUAGUGAGGAACUCACUGACAUCACCGCCAGCCAACCUGCCGGGUACCAGUUUGGAGAAGCUGCAUCUACAAGAUAAUCAUAUUAAUCGGGUCCCACCAGGGGCUUUUGCCUUCCUGAGGCAGUUGUAUCGUCUGGAUCUGUCUGGUAACAACCUGAGUAGCCUCCCACAGGGUGUGUUUGAAGAUCUGGACAAUCUUACACAGCUCCUGCUACGCAACAACCCAUGGCAAUGCACUUGCAGGAUGAAAUGGGUCCGUGAUUGGUUGCGACUGUUACCAUCUAGGGUUAAUGUGCGUGGUUUCAUGUGCCAGGGCCCUGAUAAAGUAAAAGGCAUGGCCAUUAAAGACCUAACUACAGACAUGUUUGACUGCACAGAUCCAGAUUACAUCCCGUUGUAUGAGACGAGCACAGUUUCCAACACUGUACGCCCCUCGCAGCCCCAGUGGCCAUCAUUUGUGACUAAAAGACCUGUAGUAAAAGGGCCUGAUAUCAAUAAGAAUUACCAUAGCACGACCACGUCUUCUGGAAGAAAGAUCAUCACCAUCAGUGUAAAAGCAAGUACUGCAGAUACAAUACACAUAUCAUGGAGAGUGUCUCAGCCCAUGACUGCCCUACGGCUUAGCUGGCUAAAGCUGGGACAUAGCCCUGCCUUUGGCUCCAUCACUGAGACCAUUGUGCAGGGGGACAGGAAGGAGUACCUGCUCAAUGCUUUGGAACCAGAGUCUUCCUAUAGGAUAUGCAUGGUUCCCAUGGAGACUAGCAACAUUUACCUGUCAGAUGAGACCCCUGUUUGCAUAGAGACAGAGACUGGUUCUCACAAAUCAUACAACCCAACCACAACUUUAAACCGGGAGCAGGAGAAAGAGCCUUACAAAAAUUCCAGUCUACCUUUGGCUGCUAUUAUUGGAGGGGCUGUGGCUCUUUUGGCAAUAAUCAUGUUGGCACUGGUGUGCUGGUAUGUGCACAGGAACGGAUCACUUUUUUCCAGAAACUGCACCUACAACAAGGGCCGUCGGAGAAAGGAUGACUAUGCUGAGGCUGGCACAAAGAAGGACAACUCCAUCCUAGAAAUCCGGGAGACUUCUUUUCAAAUGAUACCAAUAAAUCACCUGCCUGUGUCCAAGGAAGAAUUUGUGAUACACACAAUUUUUCCACCCAAUGGCCUGAGUUUAUACAAAAGUCCACACAGCGAGAACAGUAUUAAUAGGAGCUACAGAGACAGUGGAAUACCAGAUUCAGAUCAUUCCCAUUCAUGAUAUUGCGCAUGGACAUUCAUGGCGCGUGCGUGACUUAGAGUGGCAAGACUUUAACAAAACACUGGAUGUAUAAGACUAAAGAAGCAAUGUUCUGUACAUUUGCCACAUAAUUUAUAUUUAAGGACAUUUUAUGAAGAUGGAGAACGUUCCAGUUGCAGGCCAUUAUUGAACCAUCAGUGGGUAUGGUAACUAACUGCAAUUCUAUAUUUUAGGGAUUUGUAGUAAUUUGUACUGUAUUUCCUUUGCUUAAGGUUAUCAACCUACUAAAAGAAACUAUGUGUUCUACUGAGAUAUGAUGACUUGUCAACUGUGAAAGUGGGUUUUCAUUGCUGUGUUGAACAAUCAGACUUUAGAAAACCUUAUAGUAUAAGCACAGGUCAUUAUUUUAACUUUGUGGCUGUCUGAAAAACAAAAAGGCAAAAAAAUUAUAUGAAGUAAACUAAGGCACAGCUGAUCAACUAAUUUGCAAAGACGACAUGUUGCCCUCAAGAAAAAUGAGCACUCAGUAGCUGUCUACAAACUAUGGACUAAGAGGCUUGCUCAAAUAUUCACCUGGUAAUAAUUGCAACAAAGUAAAGAUGGGGUGCCAUGCUUUAUUUCUCAGUUUUGUUUAGUGUGUUUUUUAUGUGUGUUUGCAAGACGAAACACAACAAAGCAAACCAGAGUGGGUUACAGUUCCAGUGUUUCCAAUAGGAUUGUAGGCCACAGCACAGGGCAGAUAAAGCACACCAACGUUAUGGAGUAUUUUGCUCCUCAAAACAAGUAGAAUGGACAGGCUGACAUAGAGGACCCCCCACUAGCUCUAUUUGUACAAGCCGACAAUGGCCGAAUGACAAUGGCAGCAUUCUUUAGUACCAUGUACCAUACGUCACUCUGGUCACCCGGCCAAAAAGAAAGAACAUGUUGGCUUAGAUUAGAAUUACCACAAUGUCAGAAACUCCUUGUUAUGAGUGUUGUUUUUUUAUUAUUAUUUUUCAAAUGAACACACUUUUAUGUUGCCACAGUUUGAAGUUAACUGUUCUUUACAAAUGAAAACCAAAGUGCAUUGUAUGCCCUUUGGCCAGUCUUGUAUGUGCCUUGAUCCAAUGCUUAUUGUAUUUAGCUUUUUAAGAAACCAGUGACUUUUUUUCAUACACACUUGAAUAUGAAAAAUAUUGGUCAUAUUACAAAAUAAAGUGGACAAAAAUAACGUUGUUUUUUUACCUUGAGUACAACAAAGCCCAUACAAAACUAUGAUAUUGUUCCAAGUAUGGUCCCAUCGUGCUUUUACUGUGAUUGCCUCACUUAUUUUUGCUUCCAAAUGUAAGCUGUCCUGGAGUAAAAGAGAGGGCUACAGGCAACCAGUUUUAUUCAUUCAUAUCUCAAAUUGCUAUCUAGACACACAAUUGAAAAAAUGCUUGAAGGUGCAAACAUAACCCUAUACUGCAUUUUUAUCCAUCAUACAGAUCUGAACUCUGAGGCCUAAACUCAUAGCCUUAAAAACCACAUCUCCCAUUCCAAGACACAGUAAACCUUUUAAUAAUACACAGAUACUGUUCUUGAAACCUAGUUUUCCUCUAAUGGCAGUCAGCACACCAACACAUCUGCUUCAGGCUGCUGUUGUGUGUUUGUGUGGUGGAGCCAUGUGUGACUUAUCUGACUGGCCAGAGAGAAAUAUAACAGAGGAGCGGAAAUAGGGCUAUGGAGAAAUGAGACUCUUGGGUUUGAUGAACCUCCCGGGCACCAGGGCAGCAGAAAACUAAUGACAAGCCACCAUAUGGACGAUGGGACAGGUGGACCCUGUUGGUGAUGCCCGUCCCUGCAGAGGACAGAGUAUAUAUACACUGCUCGGGGCUCCAGGCAGCACACUUAAUGACAUGGUUGCAGCUCACCCAGGCAAAGGGCCCACAAGAAGGUACACAUGCAAAAGCAGAAAAAUUGCCUUUUACCCCAUUUUCCAUGUGCAUCCAAAAGAAUAUUUUGUGGAGGUCAUCAUAAUGUUAAUGCAUUUCAGAUGGUAAUGUGUAGACUAGCUGUACAAGCUAACACGAAAGCACAUAAGUACUCUGGAGGUAUCGUGAAAAAUACUGCAUACCCACUUUCACACACCCACACAAUCUUAACACAGUGAAAGCAUUAAUUACAGUAAGGGAAGCCGCUAAAAGCUGCACAAGUGCACCCAAACCUUAAGUAUACACUAACCAUGCUCUGUACACUAAAAAUAUAUAUCACAUUAACUUGGAUUAAAGUAAACAGUGGGUCUAAUUUUAGAAUUCAGAAUAGCAAUAUUUUCCAUUUGGACAUUAUAAACAGAUUUUGUUCCUAACUGAAGAGUCUUGGCAGCCUCUUAUUUUAUUAAAAAUGAAUGUAAAAUAUUAAAAACCGCAAACUACAAGAUAUUUUUUUUUCUUUUAUUGCACUGAAGUUAGCAAAGCAAUCAUUAAUAACCCUUUUAACGGAAAGCUGUCUUCAGAUACAUAAAGAUUACAAAAUGAUCUGUUUUCAGAUAAAUUAUAAAUAAAAGGAGUUGUACAGCUUCAAUAUCAACUUUACUGGCCUCGAUUUUACUGGCAUCAUUAAAAAGGUCUAUUACAUAAACCUCCUUCUGAUAGCAGAGGGGCUUAACAAAUUGUAUACACAUAAUA